CGACCAAGCGAUCUACGUCACAUCCAGCCUCAGCUCAUCAGCUGCCUAAGCUCCAACUAAACUCCACCAUCUAACAAACAGCACCAACUGCGAAUACAACACCCUGAAUAACUACUAUCAUGUUCAAGCGAUUCUUCGGCGAGCAUGGCGCAAAGAACGUUGUGACCCUCUUCCACAAGCCCUCCAGCCAGGCCUCCCUACGUGCACACACCCUCCUCAAGCAAGCAAACGCCCAGCCUGUUGCAACUGCCACCGAAGACCAGGCCAGCUCCCACAAUGCACAGAACAAGGCGGAGCGAUCCGAGUUCGAGCUAGAUGUAACAGAGGCACCUCCCACAGCAGACCAACUCAAGAACAUUCUGGAGUACCUAGGUGGACCCAGCGCUGUUGGGAGGGUUGUGCAGGGCGCAAAGGAUGAGACAGAUGCGCUGAGGCGGUUGAAGGCGGAUGCGGAUUCGUUCCAGAGACCGCUGGUCGUGGACUGGAACCAGGGCAAGGCUGUUGCUGGUGAUAACGAGUCUGAGAUCCUCAGCUUGCUGAGGAACAUCUCGGCCGAGAAAAAGUAGCGAGCCCAUCACCUGUAGAUCAACGAAAGCACUUGACACGAGGUUGGUAACCUAGUUCCCUUCAGUCAGCUCCUUGGUGUUGUUCGAUUUAGCUGUUUCCACGCCGAAGCUCCAAGGACCCUCACCGCUGCUCUGUGCGCAAGCACUGGCGACGGGUACCUGCAGAACGACUAAGUGACUUGCCUCUAUGCCAGUCCCUGUAAAUUUCCGCUCAAAUGUCCGUGUUUCUCAUCUGCGUCGUUUGUUUACUUCACCACCGCUCAAGCUUUUCUUUGUGUGUGUUUAUCCCAUCUCAUCAUAGCUAGUCCUUCGUGCAUGACAAAACCCU